AUGUUGGAUAAGUUUUAUGACUUGAGUUCAGCAAGUGAAGAAGAAGAGUUGAAUGACUGUGACUCAAGGGACUUGAGUGGUUACAUGUGCUUUCACUGUUGCACUAAAACUUCCAAAGACUGGCAUCAUGCAGGUAGAAAUAAAGCAUUACUAUGCACAGAAUGUCGACUUUAUUUUAAAAAGUAUGGAGAAUUGCGACCACUUCAAAUAGAUGAAGAAUCUUUGUUGGUCCAGCUCAGAUAUAUUGAAGAGGAAGAGAAAUCCUCUGUUAAUGGAACACAUAUGCAGACUCGAAGAAGGAAAGAGAAAUGUAUGGAGAAAAACAAACAGACAAAUGAAAAGACAGUAAAUGAUUGUAAAGACAGAGAAGUUCAGAACACUAGUACUGAGCCUGAACCUUCUGAAUUCUCCUCUGAAAGUAAAAAUGGACCAGAUAUAAAAGAAUCUCUCGAGGAAAACACUUCUAAAAGAAGGAAGAGAUCACAAGAAGAUAGCAUGACUCUUCAGAAUAAAAAGAAAGAAGUUCGAGCUUCACCUAAAAGGGAAAGACCCUCAGUAGAGAUGUCAUCUGGUUCAGCAGGGCCCUUAAACACAGACAACAGUAGUGUAUCUAAUGAAGAAAAUGAAAAUGAAGGAGAUAACGAGGAAUAUGAGGGAGAGCCAUUUAGUAUUCUAAAAUCUCCAGAAAUAAGCAAUGUUCCCCAACCAUCCCACCAGAGCCUGAAAACAGAACAGGAGGAAUGUGUGAAAGAAACAUCAGCAAUUAAAGAUAACACAGAAAUUAUGCCUGACAUAACAGAAUCAAGAAACCAAAAGAUUCCUUCACCAAAUGAUGUGUCAGAAUGGGUUAUGCUUUCUUCAGAAAUAAAGAAUGAACCACUUUCCGUCACCAGUGAAAGUUCUUCUCUUCAGCAACAGAUUAGUAACGCUACUGGUACUACUGCAUUACCUUCUUUAUCACCUCCUGUUAUGUUUCCACCAACAUCUUUUUCACCACUGAUCAAAAUAAAAGAAGUGAUUUCAGAUGUUGUAUUUGCUCAAGAUGACCUGAAACAGUGUCUGUUACCAGAGAAACUUCCAGAUAUUGCAUCAGGCUUUUCCCUAAGCUCACCCUUUCCUUUCCAAAGUCCUUUAUCACAUAUUAAUGAAUUCUUGGAUAAUACAAAGUUCUCAGUCCAAGAUUCUCAUUCUCAAGUUCCCCCUUUGAAAUUGCAAGAUAUCAAAACAGAACCACUUGACCCUCAAGAACUUCCAUCACAUGUUUCCUCAGAUUUGCUCAGAAGUGUACAAACAUCAGAGAUCACAUCUUUGUCAGAUCCUAUAUCUAGGGAUUCUCUAGUGACUGAUUGCAAAGCUCAUUUUCUUUCCUCAAGUUUCUCUUCAGUAAACAUGGAUGAACCAAUUUCCAUACCCUACACAUUACAGACACCUACAACAAUGCUAUCAGCUGUGUCUACAUCAUUUGAAACCAUUUCAGUGGCUCCAACUACCACCUCAACACUUGCUCCAUCUGUAAAAAUAUCAUCUUCAGUAACUAAACCUCUUUCUUCUAGUACACAAUCACAACUCCCAUCUAUCUCUUUAUCAUCUUUUUCACAGUCUUGUCAAGAAACUUGCAUACCUCAAAAGUACCCCUAUAAACCAUUAUUUGCUCCUCACUUUGAUGGUCCAGAGAUGUUUCUGCCAAAUCUUCCAUACCCAUCCUUAUCUUCAUCUGAUCAGCAUCCACUACCAAAUACACUAGUCUCUCCAACUUCAUCUUCUAUGUCUAAGUCCUUAAACCACCAAGUGUCAGAGAGAACUCCUAAGGUACAUACAUCAGUUUCUGUGAGCAGUACUGCAACAGUAUCAUCUUCAUCUCUUAUUACUACUGAUCUCACUGUGAGUUCAUCAACACUUUUUCCCCCUGGGACUCAAUUACUGUUGUCAACUGUUAGCCCUGGUUCCAUCAGAGCAUGCAACACAGUUUCAUCAAAUACGGUUUCUGCAGAAAUUCCAUCUGUUAAAGAAACUAAAACCAAAAAUACUUCACAAGAAGUCAUUCACAGUGAUUCUGUUGGUUGUUUCCAGAUGUAUAAAUCAAGUUUGGAAAACAUAAAGCUGGAGAUGGAAUCUCAUCGUAGUGAGUCUGCCAUGUUCUUGAGACAGUGCACUCAAGGUUCAGCGUUCAGUACUUGUGCUCGUACUGACCUAAUCUUUAAACCUGUGCCAGACUCCACAUUAGCCAGAAAACGUGAAGAACGUGCAGGAAAAGCUUCAGAUAGAGUGAAGGAAGAAAAAUUUAAAUUUAAUAAGGCAAAGUUUAAAGAAAAGAAUCACAGUGGAGAAAGUAAAUUAGCAAAAAGUUCACACAGUGUAAACUCCCUUCAGUUUGGAUAUUUUGAAAGGACAACUUCAAGAGGCUAUUCAGAUGCUCCAGCUGUUUAUCACCUCAGUGAAUAUGCUCAUCCAAAUGCUACAUCCUCCUCUAGAUACCCACAAACUUCAGUAUCAGAGCAACUACCACAAAUUAGCACUUUAUCAAUUUCAGUUGGAAUAUCACAACCAUGCAUAAAUCCUUUACUGCAGUAUCAGAUCUCAGCUGGGAUGUACGAUGCCACUGCUCGAGAGAGGCUUGAAAUGAAGCUAGAGAGAGAAAAGAGAGACCGUGAUUUUCAAGAGAGGUUAAAAUUUGAAAUUGAAAUGAAAGCAAAACUCCAGCCAAAUGCAUUUGAUCCUCAAUUGUUGGAAUUUCAACAUCAUUAUGGAGCUGUGGCCUCAGGAUCUGGCAUGACAAGGUUACUUCCGUGUACUUCCACUAUGGGUUUUCAUAGAACUGCAUUCAACUUCUACUCUCGUCCAGAUCGGGAACGGUUAGAGCGAAUAGGUAUUCCUACCACCCUAGCUGAAAUUGGGCAUCCAAACCAUGACUGCCUAACUGCAGAACGGCUUCACAAUGAACAUUUAGCCUUAACCACAGAUCCUCUUGUUCGGCUUCAGAUGGCAGGAAUUACACCCGAUUUUCAAAGUCAUGCCCACAUGCAUGCACAUACACACCUGCAUCUUCACCCUCAAGAUUCCAUUUCUUCUGUUGCUGCAGCAGCAGCCAUUGGAGGAACUAAUCAUCCUGAUCAAGGCCAUCCCUUAUAUGGAUCUCACCCUCUGUUUCCACCUUCAGUCUAUCCAUGUACACGGCCAGGAAUCAUGCCACCUCGAGGUGAAAUAAUGCAUCCUGGUACAGGAUUGCUGCAACCUUCCUUUGAGGACCCAUUCGCUCAACAGUUCACAGCUACUCAAGCUACCCAGGAACAUUUUCAAAAUCAAAUAAUGAGGGAGAGGUUUGCUCACAUGGGGGGAACAUACCCCCUCAGCUUCUAACACAAGAUGAAGAAUUCUUUUGCCCACAACAACAGCGGCAUGAGCAUGAGAUGAAACAUCAGAAAUUGGAAGAAGCAGCUCGAGGAGGAUGGCACUACUGAAAAGAUCCUCUUUAACUAUAAGUUCACUAUUUGCAGUCACUCUCAAAGAGGAUAACUCCAUUAAACUGAUGUUCUUUCACUUUAUUAUACGGAGAUGUUCUUUUCAUUUACUAAUACAGUCAGUCUUAAGGAGUUAAAUACUUUACAUUUAAGCACACAGUAAGGUUUAAUGAGGAUAACACCACUGAAGUGAUAAACUCUUUUACAUUUUUUAUCAUAACAUAAUAGUUUGCUAAAUAGUGAGGCAAGUCAUACAUGUUGAAAGUUAUAGUUCUCUAAGAUACAAAUAGGAUUAUGAUAAUCCACAAGGUUGUUUUUCAUCAUGUUAUUUUCUAAAAGGAAAAAAUAACUGCCAGAGACCCUCAUAUGUCAAAAGUCCUAUUUGUUUCAAAAGUUUAUUUGCCAGUACAUUGUACAUAGCACUUUUAUCUAGUAAAUAAGCAGCACUGUUUAUCAAAAUCCUAUAUUCAAAUGUGCAGUAUUUUUUUAGAAUGUAGUAAAACUUUGAACAUAUUUUAUUGUCUUUAUGCAUUCAUGCAUGAGCUAGGGUGAUGCAUAGUAGAAAGGUGUUUAGAAUGUAUUAAAGGUAUUGUACAAAAUUAAGUAUAAAGUUAUUGUUUGAAUUAUUAAUUUAUGUAAUUAAGAGCACUAUGAUUAUUUCUCUGGUAGAGAAAUAAUAUUGGGCAUGUUAUUGUGACUAGCUUAUAAACAGUGCACUGUGAAAUAAUGUAGUCUGCUAACUAGUUCUGCAACCCAUCCAAAAUCUAACUCUUAUUUUUCCAACUGUUUAUGUUUAACAUAGAGAAAAGUUAAUAUUAUUAAUGAAUGUAUGUAUAUAUGUUUCCACUUAAUUAUUUACAUUAGCUUUUUUGACUGAAGUUAAUAUUCUUUGGUUUUUUAUUUCUUCUUAUCACUGAUGUAAAUACCCAUACUAAAUCCAUUUUUUUGUUAUGAAAGCCUAUUUGAUUGAACUCUUAGUUCUAACUUAGUCAUAACACAACUAAACUGUUUUGUACCAGAUGAUUUGCUUUUUAAGUCAGAGCAACGAUAACAUUCAUUUUUCAUUAAUGAGUAGCUAUUGAAAAUAAAGUACAACUUUACACUUGUGUCACUCAAGGUCAUUAAAAUAAUAGUUUGAAUAAAAUGCAGUGCACAUGUAUUUAUAAUGUUAUAUACAAAAAA